GCGGCAAGGCGAGGCCUUGAAGUGCGCGAGGAGGAGCUGGUUAUGGCGUCUUUUGCUUUUCCUGCGCUGGGUUCGUUUCGGUCGUCCGUGUGUCGGAAGGGAGGCGGCCAGGAUAGCAAGUCCCUGGAGUACAUCGACCCGAGCAUGCGUCGUUGUCGAGUGUAAUUCUGGUGGAUUAGCGGGCGACGUCAGCAUUAGGCCGGGCUGUGAUUUUGCCCCGUCGUCUUAUAUGCCGGAGGCCGAGAGCGAGCGAGCGAGGGAGGAAGGGAGGACGGGAGGAGAGGAGUAAAGGAGGAAUGAAUGUCUGUCUCAUGCGUGAAAUCCGCAAUUCGCACGCUUGUCGAUUUCUGUGUCGCCCCCGCUAAGCCGAGCUCCGAGUUUGAGUCCGCCUAUUUCAUCUUGUCCAGGCCGAAGGAAAACCUCGAUAAUUCCUGUGCGUGCGUUGGUUGCCUGCGUUAGUUUUGCGAGCCAGCAGCCAGAGCAGCCAGAGCAGCCAUCAGCCAGCAGCGAGGCGCGGUCAGAGCUGCAGCCCCCGCGCUUUCUUUCGCAGGGAGUGGAGGCGUCAGAAAUUCUUCAAUGGAGUCUACGCAUUCGAAAGUGACUUCUCCGGCAGGGCAAUCGCAGGCAGCAGAAUUCCCCAAGGUGGAGAACGUUUCGGUGUCAGCCGAAGCCGAGGCCCAGGGAAAGACUCUUGCCAACGGACUGCACCCGAAAGUAGAGAACACAGAAGUUUCUGAAGUUUCAGAAGUUACAGUAGUUGAAGGUGUGCAGGUUACGUCGACGAUUUUGGUUCCAGGUUCGGACAGUGAGCUUUCGCUCGUCGGCGCCGGUGUCAGAGGGGUCAGACUGCCUCAUGGAGUCGAACUCAAAGUGACGGUGCUAGGAAUCUACACCAAUCUUGAAGUUUUGAACCAUCUCUCUAAAUACGAUGGCCUCUCCGCUGAGGAGCUUCUAAAAGAUGAUCAAUUUCUGCUGGCUUUCCUCGAAGCGCCUGUGGACAAAUUAGCAAGAGUGACUAUGCUACUCCCCCUCACAGGGGAGGACUAUGCGGGCAAGUCGGGUGACACAACGGAGAUGAGCUUGAAGGAGGUAAAUAAGUGGGGCGAAGCUGAAGAGCUGGCUUUGAAAGAAUACAGAGAGUUUUUCAAGCAGAAAACUUGUCCUCCUGGGUCCACAAUCUUCUUCGCUGUAACGAAAAGUGGCCUUGAGAUUUCACAGUCCUUCGAUUCUUCUAUCCCUAAGAAAGCAGAAUAUGUUGUCAAGAAUCCAGUCUUCGGGGCGGGGCUUGUCGGUACCAUGCUCAGCGUCAAGGGUGUGUCUCCUCACACCAGGGCUAAGUUUGGCGAAAACAUGUCUACUUUGCUCAAGAACAAAAUCAAAGACUCCAGUGAAGUGGUGGCGAACGGGGCAUCUUAGCUGCCUCAAUCCACCUUCAACACUGUCGUCAAAUCAUUUCGCAAGAUGGGCAAUGUACACAAUCAAGAAGAUGCUCUCUCAUUUAUGUGUUUUGUAUGAUAUUGCUCUGUAUAUUUAACAUGUUACGGUCAUGGAGGAUUCUUGUAGCUUUUAUGCAGUGUCAUGUUCGUUGCUCACAGAGCAAGGUAUUGCUUUGUUGCUACGGGUGUGUCCUCGUAGCAAGGAGUAGCAUUGAUACUAAAUGGAGGAGAGGUGUUAAUCGUCUGUUAAAAGAGAAAUAAAUCAUUGUAUUUGGAGG